AUGAAGAGAGAGGAUGAGACUAAAAUCCUGCAGUUUAUUACCAAAGUUCAAGCAGAUAUGAAAACAGAAGAACAUGGAAAACAACUCAAACUUCUCUUCUCUAAUCCUAUACCUUAUGGUGUCAGUAUUCUUCUCAUUAUAACAAUAGGUCUUCCGUUUGAUUUGCCUGUAGUGGCUGUGUCUGGGUGUAUUCUAAUGACAAUUUUCUUUCUAUGCAAGGUCCAGUUUCAAAAAUUCUGGAAAGAAAUGAGCAUCAUUUUUUCCAGCAAUGGAGAAGAUUUAACAAACUUAAGCAAGUUCUAUCUGGAAAAUGAAAAGAAAAGAUUAUUUUUGAUUGCAGAAUAUAAUAAUCACGUGAUUGGAACAAUUGCUGUUAGAGAGACAGAAAGAGAAGGUACAGGAAAACUUUGGAGAAUGUUUGUGGAUCCAUCCUGUAGAAGGAUGGGAAUUGGUUCUAAACUAAUGAAGGAAUUAUUUUGUGCAGUUCAACACUUGGAAUAUUCAUCACUAGAGUUAAGAACCCAUGAAACUAACACUAUGGCAAUUGAAUUUUACUCCAGGCAUGGGUUUAGAGAGAGGAAGAAGACAGUAUUUGCUGAAGUUUUCCCCUGUAAGCUCCACGCCAUUUUGUUCCAGAAACAGCUAAAACAAGUGGAAACUGGUUUUUGAGGAUAGUGGACGCCAUUCUGAAAUUUUCAUGUUUUGUGAUUUUGUCAAACAAUAUCCGUAAAUGUUCAUAUUAAAAAUUUCAUUAAGUUAUGCUUGAAAUAAAAAUUGAUUGACUUGAA